AUGGCUUAACCCAAGAGAAAAGCAAAGGUAGCAAAUAUUGACUAUUCAAAGGUCAGUAUUUAAUUUAUUGAGCAGUAUGUUGAGAACUUCUAUGAAGACGCAGUAGAAAAGAAAAUUGAGGGAGCAAAGUGCCUAUUGUAUCUGUGUUUCUCUCAUGAAAACAUGGAGUUCAUGUUAGAAAAUGAAACCCUCUUCGCUACUAUGGCACGUACUAUUAGAGAUGACUUUAGGAAUUCCAUGAAUGGCUACUUACUGUAAGUUAUCAUUAAUUCUAAAUUUUAGAAUCAAAUUGGAGAUACAACCAUUAAAAUUAUCGAACAUGAAAUCAAAAGAUAUAUUGUUAAAGUCAAAGAGUUUAAAUAAAAGACUGAGGAUUUGUAAGCUGCAACUGGGACUCCAUAAUAUGAAGAAAUGGCCCAAAUACUUAGAAAGGAAGAGAGAUAAUUAUCAUUAAUGAUUAAGAGGCAAGAGAAGGUUCUGUUUGUUGCUUUCCAUUUGCUUUUAAAUUUAGCAGAGGAUUUGCAAAUUGAAAGAAAAAUGAAAAAUCGAAGCAUAAUCGGCUUACUUGUAACAAUGAUGGAUAGAAACAAUCCUGAUCUCCUCUUUAUUGUUCUUAAUUUUCUCAAGAAGCUCUCUAUCUUCGGUGAUAAUAAGACAGAAAUGAAGGAAUAAGGCAUAAUUGAGAAAAUCAAUAGGUUCAUCCCAUGUAACAACUAGCUUCUAUUGCAAAUCGCUUUGAGAUUAUUAUUCAACUUAUCUUUUGAUGAGGAAAUCAGAAUGCAGAUGGCUGAGUAAGGUCUCAUUCCAAAACUUGUCGAGAUUCUCAAGGCUCCUGGGUUUAGAGCACUUAUACUCAAAUUAUUAUAUCAUCUUUCAUUAGAGGAUAAGACUAAGGCUACAUUCACAUAUACUGAGUGCAUACCCUUAGUCUAUUAGCUAAUAAUUCACUGUCCCGAGCCUAUAGUAGGAAAGGAACUAGUUGGUCUAGCAGUUAAUUUGGCUACUAAUACUAGAAAUGCUGAGAGAUUCGCCUAGGAUGAACAGCUUGAGGAAUUGAUUAACAGAGCUAUAAAGUUUAAUGAUACCUUGCUUUUCAAAGUUUGCAGAAAUAUAGCUUAAUUUGCUCCUUCAACUCUUGAGACAUUUGAAAGAUACUUAGAGUAGUACAUAAUGAUGGCUCAGUAAUGUGGAGAAAAUACUGAUUUGUAGCUUGAACUUCUUGGUACUAUGGUAUAUAUUCACUCAGAUAGAUGGGAGGAGGCUGUCCAUAAGACUAAUUUCAUUGAGUUUGUGUAUAAUAGUUUACUAAGUGGAUUUGCUGAGGAUGAUAUCAUAUUAGAGACAGUAAUGCUCGUUGCUACAAUUUGCAGAAAUGACGACAUUGCUACUAUUCUCGCUAACUCAUUCUUAAUUAAAAUGCUUCAAGACCUGCUUGGAGCUAAACAAGAAGAUGAUGAGAUGGUCCAGUAAAUUCUUAACACAUUCUUCAAAUUCCUAUUCUUCAAACCUACAAGAGAAAUAGUUCUUCAUCAAACUCAAAUGGUCUCAAUCGUUCUUGAACUUUUGAGUGAUAAGAAUCCAAACAUCAGAAAGCUAGUUAAUGCUAUUCUAGAUCAUGUUCAACUUCAUGAUGAGAUGUGGAAGCAAGAAAUCAAGACUAGAAGAUUCCAAGUUCAUAACCAGGUCUAUCUCAAAUUGAUGGAAGAAUACGAUAAGCAAUAUCCAUCACAAGAUGGAAUGUAUGAGUACUACUAUGAUGACAGAAUUCAAGGUCAAGGAGAAGGUAUUCCGGAUGAUGAAGAUUUUGAUAGUGAUGAUGCUUUAUUCUUUGACAAUAAUGACCUAGCUAACAGAAUUUGGGAAGACAAUGAUUGA